AUGGGAAAAUUUUGGUGGGGAAGUAGUAAUAACAAGCAGAAAGUUCAAUGGAAAUCUUGGACAAGUAUGGGAGUUUCUAAGAAGGAUGGGGGUUUGAGUUUUAGAGAUUUGGAAUCUUUUAAUAAAGCCAUGUUGGCUAAGCAAGUCUGGAGAGUUCUCAAUAAUCCAAAUUCCCUGGUUGCACAACUCCUAAAACAGAAGUAUUUUAAGAGGGGCUCUAUCUUGAAUUCAAAGAAGGGGACUAAUUCAUCUCUGGUGUGGGAUCCAUCUGUUUCUGAGUUGAUUGAUGAAGGGGAAUGCAGAUGGAAGAAGGAAGUGCUGGAUCAGUUAUUUCAUGAGGAAGAUGUGGAGAAGAUUUGUCAGAUUCCUCUAAGCAAAACUGGGACUCAGGACAAGCUGAUGUGGGGGUAUACUACAAAUGGUUGUUUCACUGUGAGAAGUGCAUACUACUUACAACAAUCUCUGGUCAGACAAAUGAAGGGGGAGUGCUCGAGUAUUGUAAAUGGUUUGAUAGAUUGGAAGCAUUUAUGGUCUCUAAAUGUCCCUAUGAAGAUUAAGCUGUCUGUAUGGAAAGCUGCCCACAAUGUACUUCCCACAUUGCAAAAUCUAGCAAGCAAAAAGAUAGUUGAUGGUGACUUGUGUUCUAUCUGCAAGAGAGAAGUUGAGUCUCUACUUCAUGUAAUUUGGGGUUGUCCUGCAGCUAGUGAUGUUUGGGCCAUGUCAAACUGUCCUAUACACAAGUGGCCUAUUUUUUUCCCUGAUUUCAGGACUCUGUGGUUCUCUUUGCGUUCUAAGCUGGAUGUGGAUUCACUUCAGCUGGUGGUGAUUGCAGCAACUGCAGAUAGAGAUUUGUUUUUAUGCUCAUUAACAAGCACAGAUGCAGUACCUUCUAAUAAUAGGAGUGACAAAGGAGACAUAAGGUGGAAAAAACUAGAAGUUAGAACAUUGAAGGCAAACUGGGAUGCUUCAGUGAGUACUAAACUCAAUAGAGCAGGUUAUGGUAUUAUUAUCCGAGAUGAGCAAGGAAGUAUAAUGCUGUGUGUGUGUGCAAGCCACAAGCCAAUUGUAAAGCCUGUGAUGGCAGAAGGCCUGGCCUUAAGGAGGGCAAUGGAAGUUUGUGUUGAUUUGGGUUUGGGAAGGAUGGUGUUUGAAGGUGAUGCUCAGAUCAUUGUUCAGGCAGUGACUUCUGAUGAGGAGAUUAGUGCAGAUUAUGGGGUUCUUGUUAAUGAUGCUCGAAGUAUGUUAAGAACUUGGACUCAAUGGCACGUUGCUUUUGUUCACAGAGAGGCCAACUAUGCUGCUCACCAGUUAGCAAAGUUAGCUUUAGACUAUGAGUAUGAGAAGAUCUGGAUGGAAGAUGGUCCAAUGCAGGUUAUGUUGACUGUACAGUUAGAACAGUCUAUGUAA